CGGCCCCGGGUGGAGCUCCCAUUGCACUCCUUACUUCCUGGCACGUCAGCUCGCAGUCCAACCGCACUCCCUCGGCGUGAAGGCAGCUCGUCUCGGGCAAACGAUCGAACGAGCACGGCACUACAAAAAAACAAUUAGAACAACACGAUGAUCGCUGCGGAGCCGUUGCGUUCGGCCAUGACGGCGGGCCGAGUGGAGGACACCUCGCUGGCCGUGCCUUCUGACACCAGGCUGCACAGCGGCGCACACCGGGUGCUGGAUCAAGUGCAAACCAUCAAGAGGAGCAAGUCUAAACACGGCAAGAAUGGCACUCCUGCAAGUAUGGAACAACGCCCCACUUUGCCGCCUUUAUCGCCACUGGGCGAGUUUGGAAUGUUCCAGUUUUUGCCGUCCAAAGUCAAUGGCACAUUUGGUCGCAGUCAGUCCACCAAGACAACAGGCUUCAGCAAAGCGCUGCAUGCCCAAAAGACCCGAUCUUUGUCCGCUAAAAGCUUGGGAAGAAAAAACUACAGCACCUCCGGUGGAUGGGAACAGCAAAUCAAUGUUUCCAACUGGCCUCAAGUUCCCACUGAACUGAAACCAAGUCGCAGUGAUCCUGCAUUGGCUCCUGGAGUCAUCACGAGAGCCAAAGGACAGAAUGUCCAGAGUCAGGUGAAAAGACACAGCACUUAUUCUAUCAACAAUGGAUACCAUACGGCGAGCGGCCAACAACGGGCUGUGGGACAACCUUCUGGCCCGUCUCAGGCAAUCAAAAUGUCCAAUGUUGAGCAGAAAGCAGCCGCUGUCAUUGCACCAAGCACAUCAGAUCUGACCAUUAAGGAAGCUGUAGAGUUUCUCUCUAACCCUGAGGAGAAGUUCCAGUUGUGUGGUGCCAGCAUGAUCCAGCAUAGCAGCUUUAAAGAAGACCGUGCCAAACAAGAGGUUCUUCAGCUUGGAGGCAUACCCCAUCUGGUGACUCUACUGCGUAGCCCCAACCCUGCUGUGAGUCAGGCUGCUGCCGGGGCCUUAAGGAACCUGGUGUUCAAGAACCCAAGCAAUAAGCAGCAAGUUCAAAGCUGCGGCGGCAUAGCCAAAGCCCUGCAGUUACUGAAGGAGACAGAUUGUUCCGAGACACAGAAACAAAUUACAGGCCUGCUGUGGAACUUGUCCUCCGCUGACGAGCUAAAAGGAGAACUUAUAGGCACAGCACUCCCUGCAUUGACCGAGAAUGUUGUGGUGCCAUUCACCUGCUGGUCAGAUGACAGCGCCACCAACAACAUACACCCGGAGGUGUUCUACAACACCACAGGGUGCCUGCGGAACCUGAGCUCUGCGCAGCUGAGAGAGAGGACAGCCAUGAGAAACUGUCGUGGACUUAUUGACUCCCUGAUGUCUUACCUGCAGACUUGUGUGGACGAGGACAAUCCAGAUGACAAGUCCGUGGAGAACUGUGCAUGCAUCCUCCAUAAUUUGACCUACAAGCUGGAGACCGAGUCCCCAAAAUGCUUUGCCAAAUACAUCCCUCGAACAGACAGCCAAUCUGGCAAAAAAAACCAGAGUGUUGGUUGCUUCAGCCCCAAAAGCAGUAAGGCUCAACAGCAGUUUACAUUCGAUGCUCUUCAAGGAAAGACUGAUGAAGUCCCAAAAGGCGCUGAGUUGUUGUGCCAUCCCAAAGCCUUGCGGACCUACUUGUCUCUGCUCAGCACGUCCCAGAAAGAUGCCACUUUGGAAGCGUGCAGUGGUGCACUGCAGAACCUGACUGCCAGCAAAGAACUAGGGUCCAGCGGCGUUGGUCAGAUUCUAGUCCAGAAGUUGGAGGCUCUGUCACACAUAACUCCUCUGUUAAAGUCACCCAACCAGAGCCUUCAGAAGGCCGCCGUCUCUCUGCUGGGCAACAUGUGUCGGGGCAGCAACUUGCACACCUCCAUGGCCAAACAGGUAUUACCAGAGCUCGCAGGCCUCCUCUCCGCUGGACCCCAGGAGCUUGGCAACUCUGAUGAAACCGUUGCGACAGCUUGCAACACAGUGCGGAAUCUGGUGAUGGCGGACCCAGAGGCCAGCAAGAAGUUUAUUGACAACAAUUUGGUGACGACAUUGGCUGACAUUAGCGAGAAUGCCUCUUUCCCCAAAGGCAGCAAAGCAGCCUCAGUCUUUCUCUACCAUCUAUGGAAUGACAAGAAUUUGCAGAACAUUUUGAAAAAGCUGGGAAUGAGCAAAUCGUUAUUCAUCAACGAAAACACCACGACAGCCUACAGGUCGGUGCAGAUUAUCGAGUGACGAGUGAGGGGGGGUGAGCGGCGCCACCUUCGCCCGCAGAUGGAAAUCAGCAAAGGAUAAUGUUGAGGCGCCACCCUGGCAACACAGUGGGUAAAAUGACCCCCUUGUUUGAAAGAGCUUUAGCAAUUUUGAAAUAAUUUGUGCUGUACAUAUGAUGUUGAAAAAAACACCAUUAAUAAUCCUGCUGUGUUGUAUUUAAUUCGGAUGUGUUUGUGUUUAUACACUGGGAAGUGUGUUUUUUCGCUUGGUUAACUUGAGUGUGAGCAUCUUUAGGCCUCCGUUUAGUAGUAAAUACAUGUGUUUAACAGAAGUUAUCCGCUCUGAAAGAAUACCACCCCGUACUUGAGGAUAUACAGUACGUGGUAAGGAAACUAGAAAGACUAAAACAUGUUUGUCUGUGUUCCUGUUGGAUGCAAUGUCAGAGUAGAGCUACAACUUUUAUUGUUAUUGCUAAACUUGAUGUUUUGGGGAAACUACUAUAGCCUGCCGUGAAUAUAAUAACAAAGAUCUCUUGUUAGCUAAUUAGCCUAGCCUCGCUUAGCAUGAGACUUCAAAACGGGAGACGCUACCAUCUCCUCUAACCCUAAGUAUUUAUAACUAAUUUUUUUAAACAUGACAUACUGUAUAUGUUAUACUGUGGAAACAUGUUACCCUAGCAUUUACAGUGCAUAUGCUAAGCUAACCAUCUACUAGUAGCAAUUGAAUAAUGUCACUGAGACAGGAUAAUUCAUUUUUAAAAGGCAGCUCACAUUGUCUUUUUUUUCCAUGUCACAAACACGCAAAAUAUAAUAACCAGAUAUUUUAUGUUAAAUGUUGCCUUUUUUAAACUCUGUUUUGUGAAUAAACUGACAAAUAAGCAAGACAAAGGGGAUCCUCGUGUUGUUUGAAAACGUGCAUUUUUCAU